CUACACAAUGGGAGAUCCACAAGAUGUAAAAGGUAAGGGUCAGUAUCAUUCAUGGUCUGUACCUGAACACAGAUUGUUGCUUCGGUCACUGGUGGAUGCAAUCAAUCAUGGUUUCCGUGAUGCUAGCGGUAAAUUCAAUAAGCUAACGGUGGAGACAAGAAUACUAUCAGUUCUACGCCAACAACUUGGAUCUAAGAAAACAUACAGCCAAUAUAAAAAUAGAAUGAAGAUCUUGAGAACUAGGUACCAAACUUUGUCAGAUUUUCUUCGUUGUAAUUCUGGUUUUGGGUGGGAUUCUGAAACAAACAAAUUCACAGCAGAUGAUGAAGUUUGGAAAGUCUAUUUGAAGGCUCAUCCAGGUAAUGAUCAUCUGCGUAAUAAUUCAUUCGAAGAUUUCGAGGAGUUACGGAUGGUAUUUGAACAAAAUACGGCAACUGGGCAGAAUGCAAUGGGAUUAGGUGAUCCUGUUGAUGCACUUAACUCCCAAAUUGAAGACGGUGAGAGGCCAAAUGAUAUUGAUGGUGUCGAUAUCAUGAAUGAUGGAGAAAGAAUAGUACACCGAGAAGCAUAUGAACAUGGAGCUUCUUCUUCAGCAGAAAAAAACUUAGGAGAGAAACUUCCACUCAGGAAGAAAGCUAGAACUGAUUCUCAUUUAGACAAGGCUUUGGAAGAGGUGACAGAGAUCAGUAGCCAGAUCUUUGGCAUGAUACAAAAACGAUGGGAAAAGGAAGCUGAAGAAAAAGUAGCCGAGGAAAAAGCUAACAAUGUAUGGGAUGCUAUCAAACAAAUUCCUGAUAUGGAAGAUGAUUUACGUUAUGAGGCAAUGACUCUUGUUCACAGUUUAGGGAUGAAAUCUGGCUUUAUCAAGAUGUCUAUAGCGGAUCGGUGUGGUUGGAUUAAACAAAAUCUUCGUAAACCAUGAAGAUGGAUGCAUUAACGAAGAUCAGAGUGUUGAGAUGGUUGGAGCUUUUUAAAUUUCUUUAAGUAUGAGCUUUUAUUUAUAAUAAUUUGUUAU